UUGGUUUGGCUGACAAAAGAACAAACUUUGUGCUGCAAGGGGCGGUUUAACAUCCGAGCUUCUCUUUUCAACCCUCUCCGAUUCUAACCCCCCCGCACCCCCUCCCCAAGAAAUGUGAAAAACAAAAUAAAAUGACCAACCCGAUCCAGCUAAAAGCACUUACCUAACAGGACUCACAGAGGUGAGAAAAAUAGACCUAACUGAGCAAUCAUUGGAAACCCCAGGUCUGGCGAGGCAAGCUCAGAAGCGGGUUGUUGCCAGUGCUAUUUCUGGGACUUGUGUUUGCGAACAGGUCUACUUCUCUGAAGUAAGAUGACUUGUCAAAAAUUCUGUGUGGCUUUGUUACAUUGGGAAUUCAUUUAUUUGACAACUGCAUUUAACUUGGCAUAUCCAAUUACUCCCUGGAGAUUUAAGUUGUCUUGCAUGCCACCAAAUACAACCUAUGACUUCCUUUUGCCUACUGGAAUCUCAAGGAACACUUCCAAUUUGAAUGAACAUUAUGAGGCAGUUGUUGAAGCUAAAUUAAAUUCAAGUAGUACCUACAUUUCUAAUUUAUCUUCCAAAACAACUUUCCACUGUUGCUUCUGGAGCAAGGAAGAUAAAAACUGUUCUGUCCAUGCAGACAACAAGGAAGGGAAGGCAUUUGUUUCAACAGUGAAUUCUUUAGUUUUUCAACAAACAGGUGCAAACUGGAACAUACAGUGCUGGAUGAAAGAGGACUUGAAAUUAUUCAUCUGUUAUAUGGAGUCAUUAUUUAAGAAUCCUUUCAAGACCUAUGACCUUAAGGUCCAUCUUUUAUAUGUUUUGCCUGAAGUGUUAGAAGAGUCACCUCCAGUCCCCCAGAAGGGAAGUUUUCAGAUUGUUCCAUGCAACUGCAGUGUUCAUGACAGCUGUGAAUGCCAUGUGCCUGUGCCAACAGCCAAACUCAACCACACUCUUCUUAUGUAUUUGAAAAUCACGUUGGGUGGAAUAAAUUUUCAGUCACCUCUAAUGUCAGUUCAGCCCAUAAAUGUUGUGAAGCCUGAUCCACCAUUAGGUUUGCAUAUGGAGAUCACAGAUACUGGCAAUUUAAAGAUUUCUUGGUCCAGCCCAACAUUAGUACCAUUUCAACUUCAAUAUCAAGUGAGAUAUUCAGAGAAUUCUUCAAUAAAUGUGAGAAAAGCUAAUGAAAUUGUCUCAGCUACAUCUCUGCUAAUAGACAGUGUGCUUCCUGGGUCUUCAUACGAAGUUCAAGUGAGAGGCAAGAAACUGGAUGGCCCAGGAAUCUGGGGUGACUGGAGCACCCCUCUUAUCUUUAUCACACAAGAUGUCAUAUACUUUCCACCUAAAAUUCUGACAAGUGUCGGGUCUAAUGUUUCUUUUCACUGCAUUUAUAAAAGUGAAAACAAGAUUGUUUCCUCAAAAAAGAUUGUUUGGUGGCUGAAUUUAGCUGAGAAAAUUCCUCAAAGCCAGUAUAACAUGGUGGGUGACCGUGUUAGCAAAGUUACUUUUCCAAAUCUGAAUGCGACCAAGCCUCGAGGGAAGUUCACCUAUGAUGCAGUGUACUGCUGCAAGGAGCAGGAAUGCCACCAUCGCUAUGCUGAAUUAUACGUGAUUGAUGUCAAUAUCAAUAUAUCAUGUGAAACUGAUGGGUACUUAACUAAAAUGACUUGCAGAUGGUCAACCAAUGCAAUCCAAUCACUCGAGGGAAGUACUUUGCAGUUGAGGUAUCAUAGGAGCAGCCUUUAUUGUUCUGAUGUUCCAUCUAUUCAUCCCAUAUCUGAACCCAAAGAUUGCCAUUUGCAGAGGGAUGGUUUUUAUGAAUGCGUAUUUCAGCCAAUCUUUCUAUUAUCCGGCUAUACAAUGUGGAUUAAAAUCAAUCACUCUUUGGGUUCACUUGACUCUUCACCAACGUGUGUGGUUCCUGAUUCCGUGGUGAAACCGCUGCCUCCAUCCAGUGUGAAAGCAGAAAUUACUGUAAAAAUUGGAUUAUUGAAAAUAUCUUGGGAAAAGCCAGUCUUUCCAGAGAAUAAUCUUAAGUUCCAGAUUCGCUACGGCUUAAAUGGAAAAGAAGUACAGUGGAAGAUGUAUGAAGUGUAUGAUGCAAAAUCGAAAUCUGCCAGUGUCCCGGUGCCAGAGCUGUGUGCAGUCUAUGCUGUUCAGGUGCGCUGUAAGAGGCUGGAUGGGCUGGGAUAUUGGAGUAAUUGGAGUAGUCCAGCCUACACAGUCAUCAUGGAUAUAAAAGUUCCUACCAGAGGACCUGAAUUUUGGAGAAUAAUUGAUGAAGAUACCUCCCGAAAAGAGAGAAAUGUUACUUUACUUUGGAAGCCUCUGAUGAAAAAUGACUCAUUGUGCAGUGUGAGAAAAUAUGUGGUAAAACAUCAUACUUCCCGCAAUGGAACAUGGUCAGAAGAUGUGGGAAAUCACACUAAAUUCACUUUCCUGUGGACAGAGCAAGCACAUUCUGUUACAGUUCUGGCUGUCAAUUCAAUUGGUGCUUCUUCUGUGAAUUUUAAUUUAACGUUCUCAUGGCCUAUGAGCAAAGUAAAUACUGUGCAGUCACUCAGUGCAUAUCCUUUAAACAGCACUUGUGUGCUUCUUUCCUGGACGCUAACACCCAGUGACUACUAUCUGACGUAUUUUAUUACUGAGUGGAAAAUUCUUAAUGAAGACAGUGAAAUCAAAUGGCUUAGGAUCCCUCCAUCUGUGAAAAAGUAUUAUAUCCACGAUCAUUUUAUCCCCAUUGAGAAGUAUCAAUUCAGUCUUUACCCAGUAUUUAUGGAAGGAGUAGGGAAACCGAAGACAAUUAAUAGUUUUACCCAAGAUGAUAUUGAAAAACACCAGAAUGAUGCAGGUCUAUAUGUAAUUUUGCUGAUAAUUAUUUCCUCUUCAAUCUUACUGCUUGGAACAUUGUUAAUAUCACACCAAAGAAUGAAAAAGCUGUUUUGGGAAGAUGUUCCAAACCCCAAGAACUGCUCCUGGGCACAAGGACUUAAUUUUCAGAAGCCAGAAACAUUUGAGCAUCUUUUUAUCAAGCAUACAGAAUCAGUGAUAUUCGGUCCUCUUCUUUUGGAACCUGAAACCAUUUCAGAAGAUAUCAGUGUUGACACGUCAUGGAAGAAUAAAGAUGAGAUGGUGCCAACAACUAUGGUCUCUCUGCUUUUGACAACUCCGGAUCUUGAAAAGGGUUCUAUUUGUAUCCGUGAUCAGCACAACAGUGCUAACUUCUCUGAGCUGGAGAGCACCGUGGUAACCCGUGAGGAUGAGAGCAGGAGGCAGCCCUCUGUUAGAUAUGCCACCCUCCUCACCAGCUCUAAAUCAAGUGAAAUUGAGGAAGAGCAAGGGCUUAUAAACAGCUCAGUCAGCAAAUGCUUCUCUAGCAAAAAUUCUCUACCAAAGGGUUCUUUUUCUAACAGCUCAUGGGAGAUAGAAACUCAGGCAUUUUUUAUAUUAUCAGAUCAGCAUCCCAAUAUAAUUUUGCCACACCUUCCAUUCUCAGAAGGAUUGGAUGACCUUUUGAAACUUGAGGGAAAUUUUCCUGAAGAAAAUAAUGGUGAAAGGUCUGUCUAUUAUUUAGGGGUCACCUCAAUCAAAAAAAGAGAGAGUGGUGUGUUUUUGACUGACGAGUCCCAAGUGUUGUGUCCGUUCCCAGCCCACUGUUUAUUCACUGACAUCAGAAUCCUCCAGGAUAGUUGCUCACACCUUGUAGAAAAUAACUUCAAUUUAGGAACUUCUGGUCAGAAGACUUUUGUACCUUAUAUGCCUCAAUUUCAGGUUUGUUCCACUCAGACUCAGAAGAUAAUGGAAACCAAAAUGUGUGACCUAACUGUCUAAUUCCAUUCAAGAAGCAUCUCAGAUUUCUGUUACAAUGAAUCAGAUGAAGUGUAAUAUAUUUCACUAUGGUUGUGGAUAUGGGAGAGAGAAAGAAAACUAUCAGUCAAAACUGAAAAUGACUGUCCCCAAAUCAAUGAUCUCUGUCCUCGCUUGGUAAGAUAGACAAAAGAAUGUGAGAAAGCCUUCAAGAUCCUGGCAAUAUAGACUGACUCAUCUAAUGAUUCCAUUAACAAGCUACAGUGGGAAGGUCUCCGAUGGCUUGUUUCUAGCUAGAAAUAAGCCCAACAGAUAUCCUCUUUUGUGAACAUGAGACCUAUAUAGAAAGAGCUGAUCUUUUCAGAUGUACCUAAGUUUGAAAGACUUCAAACUGAUACUUGUGAGAUGGAACUUGCUUCAAGGGUGUGGUUGUUUUACCUUGAGUUGUCUUUGUUCUCCAGUGAUUUGCACGUGCACACACACACACACACACACACACACAGGUUUAUACCUAAGAGGCAUCCUCAUACAUUUUUAAAGUAUGUGAUGUAUUUGUAUUUUGUGCUACUUGACUGUAUGGUUUUAAGAUUUUGCAAUUUAACAAACUUGUCUUGAGCGCUUACUCUGUGGUAGGCACUCCACAACAGUUGCAGAUAAGUAGAAGAUUUAGCUCUGUCUGGCCUACGGGGAUAGACUUCUGAAGCUGACAAGUAAGCCAAUCUUUAUGUAUCAAAGCUAAGAUAUGUACCACUGAGUGAAACUACCUAUUAGAAUGGCAAUACCCACAACCAAUAUUUUGAUGACAACAAAAGUACUUUUGAAGACAUAAUAUCUGUCUUAACUUUUCUCUGUAAAACAUGUUGCAACGGUCACUUUCUGAUACAGUUAGAUUGCCAAAUGUUACCGUAUAUCAGUCUCGAAUCAUCGUCUUCCCUGAUUCCUACUUGCUUAUACAUUAUUUUUUCCCUCACUUACUGAGCAUUCUCUCUCAUAUAACCAACCACUGUAUUAAAUCUUUCCAUACUUUAACUCAAUUAUUAAAAUAAUUGUAUGAGACAUGUAUUCCUGUAACAUCCCUUUUAAAGAUUAGAAGAUUAAGUCAUUUUCCCAAGGUCACAGAGUUAGUGGGUGAUGGAACCAGAAUUCAUAUUUAAACCCAGAUCUUUUAAUGCUAGUGAUUAUGUUUGAAGCCUAUUCCUUUACAUUGCCAUUCAUUAAAAAUAAAUGAUUUGUAAUCAAAUAAGAUUUAUUAAGUGGAAAUAUAAUGCUGGAUGAAAAUUAAGUGAGAAUUACACAGAUGUUGUUUUUGUCCUUAAAGACUAGAAUAUUUAUUGUCAGUUUCAGUUUCUGGUAUGGCAAGAAAACUCAAAGGCAGCAUAUUGAGUAACAAACUAAAUUAAGAAACUGACAGAGAUGUUGAAUGGCAAUAAUUAAGAAUUUCAAGACCAGUAUGAUCAAAACAAAUACUUCAGUCCUCAAAAAUAUGCCUGUUGGGUUGCUAAACAUCACCAGUUUCAUACUUAGACUGAGAGAGGAUCCUACUGAUUUUACUGUUACCCUAAAUAAAAUCCUGCACUCCAUUUCUAUUCUAGUUGUAGCCACAUGAAAUGCUCAGUUCUAGACAAUGACAAAGAUCUCAGGCCCCAACCACCAGGUAUUUUUGCACACCUCAUGAUCAUUUGCCGAUUAGAAAUCAAUAAAACUGUUUGAUAUCGUAAGCAUUGUUGAGCUAUCUCAGGAUCUCACAUACUCAGCUGAUGACUCUCACCAGAGAAAGGUAGAGGGCUUACAUCAAUUCACUGAAUAAUUGGUGUGGUAUGAAAGCCUUACUUCUAUACAAAGAUAAAUCAAGAGAAUAUUUUUUUCCCCACUGAUGUAUUAAGUGGUUUACAGAUUCGGAAACAAAGAAAUUAUUGCAUGUAUUGAAGUUCUGGUAAAAUGGACCAUUAUUUUUAAUGCUGCUCAGAGAAUACAUUUAAUUGAGAGUAGAGUAGGGUAUAGGAGAGACAGGAAAAUUACAUCUUGCUCCACACUGCACAUAUUUAGAGAUUAAACACUAAGCAUGUCCACUGAGACAUAGCAUUCUCCUGCAGUUUGGGAUUCAUAACUGUAGGGAAGAUAAACUGCUAGAUGUUCCAGUCACCAUGGUACAUGAAUGCUGUAGUGAAUUCAGAAGUCUCAGGACCACUGUAGUGCUGUAGAUCUGUGUUACAGGAAUUUAGUAACAGCAUAUUAACUUGAGAUCAUUAAUAUCAUCCUGGUGCAACUUCGGUUCCUAAAAACAAGUGAAAACAUCACAAUUAUUGAUAUGCCAAGAAAAUUUCUUUCAUAGAGAGGGCUCAAGUGGUACAGUUUGGCCCACUGGCAUAUGUAGAUUUAGUUCUUAUCUAUCUAGGGCUCUGAUUUUCACUUUUGAAAGUUUGAUUCACUGUUUAUAUUACUAUAGAAUUUAUAUACUUCAGGAUGGUCAGGUAUCCUCCAUUUCUUCCCAAAGAUUCUUUAAAAAAAAAAUGUUAAGGGAGAGAAGAGCUGAAACAUGGGUUUGGACUUUUACACUUAGGAUAAAUAUGGAAUUUUGAGUAUUUCAUAUAAGGCCUUGAAGUGCAAAGCAAGUUACUAGUCAGCCUCUCUAAAUCUGAACUUAAUGAAAAGAAACUCUGAAGUUACCAGUUUGAGCUAUGACCUCAAGUUUCACCAGACUGCCUGAAGACAAAUCAUUUGUCAGUGUUAAUGAGAUUAUAUGUUUCUUAGGUUAGACUCCCAAGAACAAAGACAAAGAAAACAAAUCAAGGUACGCUUAUCAGUAACAGCAGGGGCCUCCUGUGGGAGCUGUUUGUUCCCAUUUGGAGAUGAGCUACAUAUGAACAAGAGGAGUAGGAACAGAUCUUUUAUUUUUAAACCUAGUCUCAAGUAGUAAGAAGACUUGGAUGAAAUUUGCAAACCAGCGGGUAAUCCUGGACCUAGAAUCAGGUUUGAUGCUGCUAAGCAUGAGCUGCUACCUUCUCUCAUCCCUUUCCAAUAAAGCCAACUCCCUUUUUCCAAAUACCAAACAUAUGGUCACAUUCCCUUAGGAAUAUUCAUCCCGACUACCCAAAAGCUGAGAGAAGAUAAACUUCCUCCACAAAUUGAUACCAGAUUCCAAUGCUACUUUGGUUGGCACAGGAUCCAGGCUAGGCCAUAAGAGCUGUGCCUGCAGGCUCCUGUGGAGUUGGACAACAUGCUAAACAGAUCAGGACAUGCAGCAACCAUAUGUCCCAUAGAUAUGGAUGGAAAAAAGACCUCUUCCCCCAUUCUUUCCUGUAGUUUUUAAAAGAAAUUUGUUCCCCUUUUCAUCUUUUAAGGGUCAUCUUGAUAGUUAUGGAUUUUUCUAAACUAUUUAUUAUUGAGAAAACACAUCCUCAGAUUUAAAACACAAAAUUGUCCACUCUACUAUGUGAAAAAGCUGCAUUUGAGAAAAAGAAAAUGUAAACAGUUACCCACCCACCCCCAUGUGAAGAAACAUUUACAACAGGAAACUAGAUAAGUUACUACUUUUACUUUUUCUUGAACAACUAAUUGAAAACAGGCACUCCUGCACAUAAUCACAGUGUAGAGGGAGUAAUUUAGAAUACAAAGGUCUGUAUGGGAACUGAGAUGUUAUUACAUGCAUUUGAGCAUUGAGAAAUGGUUUUCAUGGGUUCUUAUACUGAACAAAUUAUUUUUAUACAAAGUUUAUCACUCAGUAUUUAUUUUGGCAAGCUGUUGGAGAUGUCUAUUUUUCAAAAUUGAUUACACUUUGGAUGUUUGGCAUUAAAUUCAAUUUUGUGAGGAUCUUUGACAGGAUAUUUUAAAUAAUGUUCGUUCAAAAACUCUAGAACCAAGAAAGGAUUUGGAAACUAUCUAAUUUUGUACUGAAAUACCUAGAUCACAGACGUUGCGCUUUUAAAACUUGUCAUUAAGUAUUUGGCAUGCAGUGAACACUUUCUCUUUAGUCACAAUUGGUACAUUAAUAAAUGUUAUAAACAAGUGCUAAGAUAUGAUCACCAAUUGUUUUAUAAAAUGUAAAAUUUAUUUCAGUUCUUCUUUAUGUUCCUAAAAUCAUAAAGAAGGAAAAUAAAUUAUGACUGUGAAUAUUUUUAUCAUCAUAAAUCAUGAGCAAUGUCAGAAUUUUGAGAAAUUGAAUGUCCAAAUAGAGUUAUUAUGAAUUUAGGUUAUUUAGAAUUAUUUUAUGUAUUAUUACUUUCAGCAAAGAUUUGAAAAUACAAAGAAGUCAUCUUUUACGUUAAUCUUUUUAACAAAUUUUUUAUAUGUUGUUAGCCUUUAUAUCUUCAAAAUACUUACAUAAUGCCUGGCCUUUGAAAGGGGUUUGAAAACAUUUUAGAUGCAAAUAUCUCCCUUCAUUGUUAUUGUCUCAGGUAUCUACUCCAUACAUCACCCACACCAAAUUUUUCUGGCAUGAUAGCUGUUUAGGAUGAAAAAGUACUCAUUUUAAAUAUCAAAAGCUCUUUAGUUUGAUUCUUUAUUUCAUUAAGAAGUCUUGAUUUAGUGAUCUGUGAACAUUUGUUUUGUCAUUUAGGUUUCUAGCAAUUUGAGUUUUUAACUAUUAUUUGGUCUAGUAUUCAGACGCAUUCUCUUUCUUGUUUUCUAAUUUUAAAAUGUAAAUAGAACAAAUACACACAGGAAAAAACAGUACAGAGAAAUAUAAGCUAAAAAGUCUAAGUGUCUCUUCCCUCGUACCCUUCAGUUCCGAUUCCCCAGAAUAGCUUAUUAUUAUUAUAUCACAUAUCUUUCGAAAAAUUUAUAUAGCUGGGAUUAUAUUCUGUCUGCAGUAAAGUUACCCUUUUAAUAGGUCUUGGUGAUAUUUCCUUAUAAACCCAUAUAUAGCUGCUUCAUUAUUUGUAAAGGUUUCAUGGUGUUCCAUUGUAUCAAAGUACAAUGAUUUAUGUUUACAGUUUACAAUUGGUGAACAUUUAGGUUCCACUCAUUUACUAUUAUGGGCAAUACAAGUGAGCAUUCUUGUACCUAAUUGUCUUGGCAUACUUUUGGCAAAUCUACUUGUCAGGAGUCUUGGCUAAAGUGUAAGAAAUCAACUCAAAUUGUCUAAAGUAUCUUUUUGAUAUUUCAGUUUCAUCUUGUUGAGUGAAGUUGACCAUAUUUUCAUGUUUAUAAGCUAUUUGCUUUCCUCUACUUUCAUAUUCUUUGCCUAGUUUUCUAUUGGGUUAUUAUAAUUUUAUUGAUUUCUUAUAAUUCUUUUUUACAUAUGUGAUCUUUUUCUUAACUGAGAUAUAGCUUAUAUGUUGUACACAAGCCUUCAGUGUAUAGCUUAAUGAACUUUUACACAUUUCCCCCUGAGUAUUUACCCAGGAGUAAAAUUGCUGAAUGCAGAAUAGGUUCUAAUUUAGCUUUAAUAGAUACUGCCAAAUAAUGAUUUAACUAAUUUACACUGCCAUCGGUAAUGCAGAAGAGUUCUGCUUCAACACUGAUAUUGUCAGCCCUUUUAGCCAUUCUGAUGGUUGUGCAAUGGUUUCUCGUGGUUUGGGUUUACACUUCUGUAAUAUGUGAUGAUUUUGAGUAACAAUCCCUUUCGACAUUUUUGCUGUUUUGUUGUAUAUCUUAUUUCUAUGUAUUUCAUAAACAUCUAAAGCGUUGUUAUA